AUGAAUCUUUCACUUGAUACAAUAUUAACAAAUGCACGUGAACUUGUUUCUCGUUUACGUCGUGAUGAUACUACAGCUGAUACAGCUGUAAGUCAAGCACAAUAUGUUCAAGAACGAAUUCUUAGUAUGAAACAGUAUGGUGAUGAUCUUGCUGAAUUAAAUGAUAUAAGUUCUCAUCGUCCAAAAACAGCAAUUCUUUAUAAUAUUCAAAAAGAAAAUCGUCUUAUUAAACAAUUACAAAAAGAAAAUGAAGAAUUAAAACAAUUAGUUAUUGAACAUCGAAGUGUAUUAGAAAAAAUUAUGUAUAAAUAUCGACAAGAUAUACAACAACUUAUUUUAAUGAAUAAAGAAGAAACUAAAGCUAUUAAUAUCUUUAAUAAUUCAUUAGCACAGGAUAUUCAAGAUAAAUCAUCAAAAAUUCAUGAAAUGGCAUCAGUUAUGCGUCAUGCUAUUGGUAUUGAUGAUACAAAUAGUGCAUCACAAGAAGAACGUAUAAAUGCAUUAUUACUUGAAAAUCGUGGUUUAAAAGAAAUAUUAUCUGCACAUGAAAAUAUUCAUCGAUCUAAACAAAUAUUAACAACUACAUCAGAGUCUACGAUUGGUAAACCGGCAAUAUUACAAACAACGAAUAUAAUAUCACAAGAAAAUUCUUCUCCAUCCUUUCCUCGUAUUACUUCCGAUCUUAAUACUAUAAUUCCUCCUACUCAGCAGGAUAUGUCAUCCUGA